AUGAAUUCAUCAUCAAUCCAAAGUGAAAUAGGUAGGUAUACAGACAUAAAUCACAUAUUUGAGACAGUAUAGAAACGAGGUUAUCUAAAUCAAUUAGUAACAUAUUUGGAAGAGGUCUUUACAAAUGAAAUAAACUUUGCAUCUCAAAGUAAUAUAAUUUUUGCAUCUUUCUAAAAGGACUUAAGGAAGUGAUUAGUGUGAUGUAAAAACAAGGAUAAAAAGUAGAAUACUAAAUUUAAUUAAAUCGAAAUAUUCAAAUAUUUAAGAGUAACUUUGAUUUAAUUUUAACUGCUACAUCAAACAAUGUUUGGAAUCAAAUAACAAAACAAAUGAAUUAGCUACAAGAUGAUACAAUAUAACUAAAUAAUAAUAAAUCAGAAAUAAUAUCUUCAGUUUCUAGAAAAAUGGAGAGAUAAUCAGAAACUGAUCUUAAAAAAAUGACAUUGAGUUAAUCUUAUGUUAGUAGAUCCCCUAGUAAAAUUUCAACAAUAAAACAGUAAUAAACAAUUCCAUUGAGUGAAAUGUCAAUUUAAAUGAGAGGAUCACCAACUACAUUUAAUAAAGCAAAAAGAUAAUUAGAUAAUAGUUUAACAACUAGUUCUCCUGGAGUAGGUAGAUAUAGAACUGAUGUAGCUGAAAAACGUAUUAGUUUUAUUUAAAAAUUUAGACAUUAGAGAAACAUCUCCAAAUGCAACAAUAGGAAAAUCAGCUAAGAUAAGUUGGAUAGAUGAAAAACUUUAAAAAGAAGAUGCUCAUUCUCCAGGACCUAUAUACAAUCCAGUUAAAACAUUUUGUUCUAAACGUGUUAAAUGAAAUGGUU